GUGACGUGCGAAAGAGGAUAAACAAAAAAGGACGGAAGCCUCCAGCUACACAAUCGCGGCAAAAUCGGUUCAAAAUAUUAGCUCGUGAGCUACAGUUAGCUACUACGUGCGCCCUUUUGUUGUCUCGCUGGGCAGCAUUUGGUGGGAGCGAUCAUGGACGAUGCCAUCAUAUUUCGUAUGAGUGCGUUUUCCGAGCAAGGCGGGAGGAAAUAUAUGGAGGAUGUUGUGGAGGUAAGAAUCGAGUACGAGCCGACGUCGGCGGCUAGCGAAGACUACGCGAAGUCACAGAGACACGGGGGACAGGACGCCGCCGAGAGCGACUCGUCCAAAGCCACCGAAAGCGAGCUCCGAGCGAAAAAGUCGGGCCCCGAGCCCGGCCCGGUGGCUGCGAUGUGGCUUGAGAGCCUGGCCGGCGACCGCAGCGCGCCGCUAUCAGGCGAAAAAAUCGACGAGCGCCUUGUGGACACUCGGAGGUCCGUGGCGUUUUUUGCCGUGUUUGACGGCCACGGGGGCCGGGAAGCAGCCCAUUUCGCCAGGGAACAUUUGUGGGAUUUAUUAAAGAGACAGAGGGGAUUUUGGUCCAAGGAUCACUCGGAAGUGUGUGCUGCUCUCCGGAAAGGAUUCAUCGCCUGCCACCAUGCGAUGUGGAAACAACUACCAGAGUGGCCUAAAACAAUUACAGGCCUGCCCAGCACAUCAGGCACCACAGCGAGCGUGAUUGUGAUCCGUGGCGUUCACAUGUAUGUUGCUCAUGUGGGAGAUUCCGCUGUAGUGGUUGGAGUGAAAGGAAAUGAAUCGGAUAUCACGCUUCAAGCACUUGAAGUCACACAAGACCAUAAACCUGAACUUCCUAAAGAGAAGGAAAGAAUCGAGCGACUGGGUGGUAGUGUAAUGAAGAAAUCAGGGGUGAACCGUGUAGUGUGGAAGAGACCCCGACUUACCCACAACGGGCCUGUGAGGAGGAGCACAGUCAUCGACCAGAUCCCCUUCUUGGCAGUGGCGCGAUCUCUUGGUGAUUUGUGGAGCUACGACUUCUACAGCGGAGAGUUUGUGGUGUCGCCAGAGCCCGAUACCACAGUGAUGACCCUCGACCCCAAACGACAUCGCUACAUUAUCCUUGGCAGUGAUGGUCUAUGGAACAUGAUGCCGCCGAAGAAUGCGGUCAAUAUGUGUUAUAGCCAUGACAAAAUGGUGGGACCGAAAGGAAUGUCUUGUGCCUGCCGGUUGGGAUGCACCGCACUACUUUUUUGGAAAGAGCGCAUGCUUCGCGCAGACAACACAACGGUCAUUGUACUGGCGCUGCAGGACCGUGGAGGCCCGACGAUCCCGAUGCAUCGAGAUGAGAUUGUGGUGGACAUGGCUCAGGGGAUUGACCACAUUCCCUUCCCGGGAACCCAAUACAACACAUAUGAGGUUCCAAAGGCGGAGCGUGAGGAUGGCAUGUUUAAUGAAGAAGAUGAGAUAUAUGGAGAAGAACAUGAGGGAUGGACAUGCCUGGAGUGGUAGUCAGCGGCAUGAAGCCGAUAAUGCCUCCUCUCUCCUUAAACAACGUUCUAAGACUCUGGAGCAGGCAUUCGGGCUAUAUGAAGCGGCUUUCUGUGCCACAGCGCACGUCUUUCCCGAUGUCGACUCUGCGGGAGCCGCGCUGUCCCCCUGAGACGGGCCACUGAAUGUGUUCCAAAAGCAAGACUCUGCAAUCCGAGUGGACCGGACGUCUGAGUCGUCUUCUCCGUUAAAAAGGUCUCAGCGCUCUACACGUUAGCCCCGAAGAUCAUCAGUGUGAUCAGUCCCCAGACAAAUGUUUGCCUCAUAAGACGCCUCGCGGCAAAAGUGAACAAUUGUGUGAAAAUCACAACCGCGAGAGCGACAACACAGUCGUACAGCAGCAGCACAAGGCUUUCUUGUGCGUGUACUGAGUGCGAGAAGCAUAAGCCCCCUUCGAGAUAUUUUGACUUUAUUUGCAUAAAGUCGCUCGUUUGUAAAUAUCUGGCGAACGUUGAGAUACUUUGUUGUUACAUUUUUCUCAUUUUGCUAGACUUCCUGCCCCAUCUUCAAAUUUUAGUGUUUACGGAAAUUGUACAUUUGUUCAAUGUAAACUAUUUUCAUACUUACACAUGAAUAUAAUGACAAUAGUAUAUAUAUCGAAAGGAUAUUUGAAGGGUAAAAAUGUCACUAGUUCCUUUUGAAGUUUCGAAGGAUUUUCCUCUUUAGAAAUUAAAGUCCAUUUUAAAUGCGAAUAUUCUCAUUCAUCCAGGUCAUUUGAUACACGGGACACUGAAUCGAUCGCAACAGUUCUGAACCGAACUAAGCCUCGUUGCAUGAACUGAUGAAGCCUGCUCGGAUGAGAAGCGAAACGUCUUCUAAGACAACCACAACAGUCCUGCUACGAUUGAUUCAAUGCCCUGAAAAUAAAGUCUAUUUUAAGAUUGUUUGGAUUUUAUCCAUUUUUCUUAAUUGCGUCCAAAAUUGAGACCAGUCCUCAGCAACAGCCAAACGUAUUGCUUAAUUAUUUUAUUGCGUUUGUCCCUCUGUCAUGUAAAGCUGUGGACAUUCUCAGUGGAGCUCUGUGAAGGUGGAAGAUUUCACCCGAAUCUCACCAUCAGGGCAUCUGCGUACAAUAGGACUGUGUUGAGUAGCUCUUACUCAUUGCACCUACCUCCCUAAUACCACAAUCGCAUAAGAAUUUAGAAGAUAAGCGUACAAAAGGUUUAGCAGUAAAUUGAAUUCUGGUGUGAUUGUUGAUCAACAUUCAACACUGAAAACACUAUAUUUGCCAGAAAAAAAAAGCUUUCCAUAAUUUCGUUGUGGGUUGGGGGUUAGGAUAGGGAUACCCUAAAUCGAAUAUUUGUCUUAACAUGUUUGUGCUUUACGCCAGUGUCUUUUCAUCGUCCCCAAUUGUAUUGGUUGGUGCAUAUAAGCUAUUUAAACUAUUUACUAUGCGCUAAUGAUUUCCAAUGGCCUCUCCUGUACAUAUUUAUGAGAGUUGCUGAAGUAUUUGCAUUUUAAUCCCACCCUAUAAGUAACUGUAUUCAGUUGGAAUGAGUGCCCAUUAUUGCAUCGAUUUUAACUUGUUGAUGUGGCAGCUGAGCAACUGUCGAAGUUGCUUUGGUUGCCUUUUUUGUUACAUAAAUUGUUGCCUUAGCACAAACAAGUGGGUGCUUUUCAUAUGAGGGAUCCAGAUAUCGAAGAAUUUCACAGAUACUUCGACCUGUGUGGUUAAGCCUCCUUUAUUUAUCAUGCACCUUCAGUUUCCCCUCACCAAGGUCAUACGACAUGAACUAAACCUGUGACAUGGAGUCCACACUACAGUUGCAGCCAUUUUGUUUAUUUUGUACAAUACAUCAUUAUGCAAUAGGACUUUGUACAGUACAUUAUGCAAAUUAAUCUGGUUUCCAGAAUUCUGGCAUGCUCAGAUCUACUCGGUGUUGUGAAGUUUCCAGAACUAAUGGAUGUUAAUGGACGUGCUGUGUUUUGCCGAUUGCAACACUAGAGUUUCAUGUCACCGCCACUUCUCAGGACUAACUGUAUGAGGUACAUUCUUUGAAAGUGACUGUAUAUACACUGUCUGUGUUGUAAUAAAGUUUCCAUUUUACAGUGGGCGCUUUCGUGGCUGAUGGAGCGCUGCAAUGUUUUCAUAAUCAUCACUUGCAAUGAUUUAAUUUACCGGUAGAUGGCAGCAAUGUUGAUGGAUUUAUUAAGGUCUCGUCUGUAACUAACGACACCACUGUUUCAAGAAAGUUUUGCUGUCAUCUGAUUUUAUUGUAAGUGAGGGAGGACUCCGUUAACUCCUGACACAGUACACACUUGUAAAUGUUGUAUUUUGACUUUUAUUGUUCUUAUGCUGAUGUGUCCGCAUGUGUAAAUAUAUAUGAAAGGGACAAAAACUAGACAUGCAUGACACUCAACGCAACAUUUCUCCACGUUCACACUUAAAUAGUGGACUGCUUCUAACUUUAGUUGGACUUUAAGGGAGGGAAGCUUGUAAGUUU